UUGGCAAGAUGGCGGCUUCCAGCUGUAGAGCGCCUGGCCUCUGGGUCCGGGGUACCGGUAGUCUUUGGGGGUACUUUUUCACUCUUGUCCCAAAGCCAUUUUGUUCCACCGCUGCUGCCUCUAAGCCCCUGGAUGCCCAGCAAUUAGCGGAGAAGCUCCGAGCCCAGAAACGCGAACAAAAGUCGAAGAAGCUGCCGGAGCCCACAAACCCUAUUCAGCGACGAGUGCAAGAACUAGCGCGAUUCACACAGCAGCUGCAGCGAGUUCAUCCCAACGUGCUAGCUAAGGCACUGAGCCGAGGGAUUCUCCACCAAGACAAGGACCUUGUGGUCAUCAAUAAGCCCUAUGGUCUCCCUGUCCAUGGUGGCCCUGGGGUCCAGCUCUGUAUCAGUGAUGUACUGCCCAUCCUGGCAAAGAUGCUUCAUGGCCACAAGGCAGAGCCCUUGCAUCUCUGCCACCGGCUGGACAAGGAAACCACAGGCGUAAUGGUGUUGGCUUGGGAGAAGGAAGUGGCACAUCAAGUCCAAGAGUUGUUUAGAACCCGUCAGGUGGCAAAGAAGUACUGGGCCAUCACUGUGCGUGUCCCAGUGCCCUCAGCAGGAGUCGUGGAUAUCCCCAUCACUGAGAAGGAGGUGCAGGGCCAACAGCUACAUCACAAGAUGACACUGUCCCCAAGCUACCGUAUGGACAACGGAAAAAUGGUGAAAGUACGGGCCAGCCGGAAUGCCCAUGUUGCAGUAACUCAGUACCAGGUGCUUAGCAGCACUUUCUCCUCUGCCCUCAUGGAGCUACAGCCUAUUACUGGAAUAAAGCAUCAACUUCGAGUUCACUUGUCUUUUGGAUUAGACUGCCCAAUCCUUGGUGAUCACAAGUAUUCAGACUGGAAUAGGUUGGCCCCACAGACGCUCCCUCUUGGCAUGCUGAAGAAGCUGGGACUGCAGCAGUCAAAGGCCCGUCACAUUCCCCUUCACCUUCAUGCCCGGCAGCUGAUCCUGCCAGCUCUGGGGUCCGGGAAGGAGGAACUCCAUUUGGUCUGCAAGCUUCCUCGCUUCUUUGUGCAUUCCCUGCACCGUCUGGGUUUAGAAAUGCCAAAUCAGGAUCAAAGCAGAGACAGUGAAGCUGGGCAUCUGGGAGCACAGUGAAAACUGUUGGGCAGUUUGGUCACUGAACUCUUUCAUUUCAUGGAACUAACGUCUCACUUGGACAGACUCCACAAGAGCCAUGUGGAAUGAGUUGAAGAAGUUCAGCUGCUUCUGGACUUUCAAUGGAGAAUAAAUUCUGUUUAUUGGGAGUUUAGCUACACUGUGGAAAAGCCUACUGGAAGUAUCCCUGCCAUAUGGUCUUUUUGUCAAGAUGGAAGAGUCUGGGACCAGGCAGAUUGGGGCAGUACUCAGAAAAGGAGAACUAAGGACAGAAUCUGUGGACAGGAACUAUUUUCACCCAACAGCAAGGCUCUUGAGCUAUCAGGAAGGUUCUUGGCAAGAACAUAAUGGUUAAACACACAUGGAAUCCAGGGAUUGCAUAAUCCUGGAUUAUGAGACCUGUGAAGAGAGAUGUUUAGGAUGAAGUUGGAGUAGGGUAUUUAAUAAGCAAGGAAAGCAAAUAAAUGGCAGGCUGAUAACAAAUGAGUGAAGCUGGCAGGGUGUUACAAGACAGUGUGGGGACAAUAAACCAAACCAAGGCAGGAACACACACUGUCUAACAGUUGUUACCUCCAGUUGAUUGCUGCCACAUGGAGACAGAAUUUCCCUUUUUUUUUCCUUCCCCCAAGAAUCAGAAAACCCAGAUAUUUAUGUAAAAUUUCCCAAUAUAUUGCCAACUAAAUAAGAAAGACACAUCC